CGCUGAAAAACUUGUUGUUGUCGGGGAAAAUGGCGUCAAACGUAGAGGCCCCGGAGCGCUGGUACCUCGCCCUUCUCGGCUUUGCGGAGCAUUUUCGAACCUCCAGUCCGCCUAAAAUCCGGCUCUGUGUGCACUGUCUACAGGCCGUGUUUCAGUUCAAGCCUCCGCAGAGAAUUGAGGCCCGGACGCAUCUCCAGCUGGGCUCGGUUCUCUACCACCACACCAAGAACAGCGAGCUGGCCCGCAACCACCUGGAGAAAGCGUGGUAUAUAUCCCAACAAGUCCCCCAGUUUGAAGAUGUCAAAUUUGAGGCCGCCAGCAUUUUGUCGGAACUCUUUUGUCAACAGAAUUUGGUGGACUCUGCAAAACCCCUUCUCCGCAAGGCCAUUCAAAUCUCACAACAAACCCCAUACUGGCACUGCAGGUUGUUGUUCCAGUUAGCGCAACUUCAUACACUGGAGAAAGACUUGGUGUCAGCAUGUGACCUACUGGGUGUUGGAGCUGAGUAUGCUCGUGUGGUGGGCUCAGAAUAUACCAGGGCAUUGUUUCUCCUUAGUAAAGGAAUGUUGCUGCUAAUGGAGAGGAAGCUCGGGGAAGUGCAUCCUCUUCUCACACUGUGCGGAACAAUUGUAGAAAACUGGCAGGGAAACCCCAUUCAGAAAGAGUCCCUUAGGGUCUUCUUCCUCGUUCUACAAGUCACACACUACCUGGACGCUGGGCAGGUGAAGAGUGUGAAGCCAUGUCUGAAGCAGCUGCAACAGUGCAUCCAGACCAUCUCUACACUCCAUGAUGAUGAGAUUCUACCCAGCAACCCAGCUGACCUGUUCCAUUGGCUGCCCAAGGAGCACAUGUGUGUCCUUGUGUACUUGGUGACAGUCAUGCACUCCAUGCAAGCAGGCUAUCUAGAGAAAGCCCAGAAGUACACAGAUAAGGCCCUCAUGCAACUAGAGAAACUAAAAAUGCUGGACUGCAGCCCUAUCCUCUCUACCUUUCAAGUCAUUCUACUGGAGCACAUCAUCAUGUGUCGACUUGUCACAGGCCACAAGGCUACUGCAUUACAAGAGAUCUCACAGGUGUGUCAGCUGUGCCAACAGUCCCCCAGGUUAUUUACCAACCACGCUGCUCAGCUUCACACACUUUUAGGUCUGUACUGUAUCUCAGUGAACUGUAUGGAUAAUGCAGAGGCACAGUUUACCACAGCCUUGCGGCUCACCACACACCAGGAACUGUGGACCUACAUUGUUACCAACUUGGCAAGUGUCUACAUCAGGGAAGGAAAUCGGCACCAGGAGCUGUACAGUCUCCUAGAGAGAAUAAACCCAGACCACAACUUCCCAGUAAGCUCUCACUGCCUCCGUGCUGCAGCUUUCUACAUCAGGGGACUGCUGUCCUUCUUUCAGGGACGCUACAAUGAGGCCAAACGUUUCCUGAGGGAAACCUUGAAGAUGUCUAAUGCUGAGGAUCUGAACAGACUGACUGCCUGCUCUCUGGUUCUGCUGGGCCACAUCUUCUAUGUACUGGGCAACCACAGAGAAAGUAACAACAUGGUUGUACCUGCCAUGCAGCUCGCCAGCAAGAUCCCAGACAUGUCUGUUCAGCUUUGGUCUUCAGCACUGUUGAAAGACUUGAACAAGGCCCUUGGGAACACCAUGGAUGCCCAUGAAGCAGCCCAGAUGCACCAGAACUUCUCCCAACAGCUCCUGCAGGACCACAUCGCUGCCUGCAGCCUCCCUGAGCAUAACCUCAUCAGUUGGACUGAUGGCCCUCCACCUGUCCAGAUCCAAGCCCAGAAUGGCCCCACCACCAGCCUUGCAAGCCUGCUAUAACAACCUUUCUGUCUCGCAUAUGACUAUAUCUGCUCACAUAAUCACAAGAAAAAAGAUGGCGCAUAAUACUUUUCCAACCGCUGUAGUUGAGAAAUUGGAUGGAUUUUGAGAGGUGACAGCCUGGGCCUACACUCUUUUAGCUUCUCAAGAUGGCUUUCUGGUUGUCUAUCACACUUUGAAUUGUUGUAAAACAAUUACAACUACUGUUGUAUAUGUACUUUACGCUCUCUGAUGGCAUGGAUGCAUAUGGGGCAGACUCUUGAUUAGAGUAGUGAAGGACACAGCAACGUACGAAGGGGCUUCUUUACUCAAAUAUAGUCGCCUUUUCUUCGUCUGCCAGGUUUCUUUUCCAUUUAUUGGAAAAACGCAGGGGUAGGGUGGAGAGCAGCAAAGAAAUGUAGAAGAAAUUAAUUUAUUCAUGUUGAUAUUUUUGUAACUGUUGGUAAAUAUUUUACGUCUUGCCUUUUUGUAUGGAUGCUCGCUUUUUUCCUCAUGCAUGGAAGUUACUGAUUUGGACUCCCUGUACAAAUAUGUCUGACCUCAUUUGCUAACGAUGAUGUUUUAUCCACAAGAUUGACUCUUUGCAAGAACAGAGAAUUCUUGCAAUAAGUAAUUAGUCUAAAAUGUUCAUGCUGCAUGCAUUAAUGAGGAACAGCUCGAUAAAUGAUCCACUGUGUACAGUUCCUCUAAUAAGCAGAAGAGGUCGCUGUUAGGUCUGAUAAUGAGCAAUGUGAAAGUCCUAAAUUGAUUGGUUUGGUGGCUGUAAUGGAUGCCACGUGCCCUUUUAUAAAAUGCAUUUAACUGGUUUCUUUUUUGAAGUUCCUUAAUAUAUGUUUUCUUCCUGAUGUAUUAAUUUUUUUCAAAUAAUUUUGCAUCAUUUUGAGACUUUUGGAUCAUACACUAUUCAGAUAUUCAACAAAUUUAUUUUAUUUUGUUAUAUUUUAAUUUGUCAUAAUAGUUCUACUAAAUGGUUUCCUUUACAGUAUGUUUGUAUAGAUUUGCCACUCAUUGAACCUUUAUUGUACAGUGACAUUUUAUAAAGUCAAUUUAGAAAAGUGUGAUAUGUAUUUUUAGCUAUCCUUUGUAGAAAUCUCAAUGCUUGGUAUUUAAGACACUCUGUGCAGACAGAUAAAGCUUGAGUACUAGCCAUAUUCUAUCCAAUGCCUAUGUUUUUAAUGCUUACAUUGUUUUCAAUAAUUUUCCAAUAAAAACCUGAUUACAGUUUUGUAA